AAGAACGCAGCCGCUAAGCGUUCUGUUCUGGCAAGAUGUAAACAAUCGCUGUGCGGUUCUGAUUCUGAAUCGAAAAAAAAUCGUUCACAAAAAGCGUGGAAGCUAUGGAAAACGCAAACGUUAAGGGCAGUUGGCCGGGCCAGGAAGCCGGUGGUCCAGAACCGAAACGAAACCAGUGUUGCUUCCUUUGUCAGAGUGCUCAUCGAAAACUGUGUCGUAUUUUUGCGGCAGAAAACUUGAAAUCGCUGAUUCGCAAGUAUUUGGAAAUAAAGAUUUUGCCCGAUAUGAAUGAACUUGUUUGCGUGGAUUGCAUAGAAAAGCUGAAAUCGCUCAGAUGGUUUGCCUUGCAAGGUAGAAAGAACGAUACAUUUCUCAAAAGCCUUCCAAACGAACUAUUGCCCCAAGAAGACAAAUACUGCCGGCUGUGCCUGGCUACUAAUGAUAAUUUGCAAGCAAUAUUCAUAGAAAAUACUCAACAGCAUAGCAAUAGCAAUGUACUCUGUCAGUUGGUCAAGGAAUGCAUUAGCAUCGAACUUGAUUACCAUCGGGACUUUACGUCCUAUAUCUGCGCGUUGUGCCGCACACAGCUGGAAAUGUUCGUAACGUUCAAACGUAUCGCGCAGCAGAUGCAACAUGAAACAACUAAUGAUAUUAAUUUAACUGGAGAGAAAAACGGAGUAACGGAAGUGAACAAAGAGAUCGAUACCCCUACGGCAUUUGAGCCAGUAUUAAAAGAGAUGAAUGAUCAUCAGAGUGAUGAGCCGGUUCAAAAGAAAAGACGAAAAAGGCGCACCAAAGCGGAAAUGGCUCUAGCUCGGGCUCAAGGCCUGUGCAAACAGCCAGAACCUAAAGAGGACAAAAAGGAAAAACAUAAAACUCAUACCAAAGCUAAGUCUCAAAUCGAUUCGAUCAAGGAAUCUCCUGCUCCUCAGUUUAUGAUCACAGAGGACAACGGAUUGGCUCUGAAUGACCGCCGAAGGACCAUUCGUGUUCUGUGGAUGGCGGACGACGAACGGAAUUUCGAAGUCAUCAAAGUCAAGGGAGGUGGAGUACGCGUUCGUAUGGACGGGUUUGGUUUCUUCCACGGCAGAACUAAUACGGACGGGACCAGUUUGUGGCACUGUGAAUACAAAAUAAUCCACAACUGUAGAUUUGAAAUCGUCAUCAGUGCCAACGGAAAAAUGGCGACCGUGUCCAAUACAAAGAACCACACACAUGAUAAGAAUCUCACGCCUUUGUUAAACUGUCCCUUGGGGAAAGGGAGAGUUCUAAAUAGUGAUGGAACUGAGGAUACCAUUUGGUUGGUUGAUAAGUACAAAACUUGCAGGCAUGUUGAGAGACAUUUGAUCUAUCGUGGCCAUCGGUACGGUUUGCGUGGUCCCUACGAAGAAAAAGACAUAAGCCUGUGGGACUGUAGAGUACGCCACUGCAACACUACAAUUAAAGUAAUCGGAAUAUUCGAAGAAAUAACAGUUCUGAAAGGUACUCACAACCACCCAGAAAUUACAGAUCAAGAAUGGCGAGAUGCUUUAAAAGAUAGUAAAGUCAGCAUGCAUUCUCAAGACGUUAUAACUCCGUUUCGGAGCGGGAAAACUGAAGCUAAGAAUAAGACAGCACUACCAAAGAUUUAUGCCCAGCUGUCCACUGCCGACCAAUCUCGUGAUUUUGAAGUGAUUAAACUUAAAGAAAGUGUCUAUAAGAUAAAGUACCAAGGAUAUGACUACAAACUUUACUUGAAACAACAAGAUGGAUCGACGCUAUGGAAGUGCAUUUGGGAUGGAUUGCAUGGUUGCAAGGCAGUGAUUGUUGUAUCGGACAACGGAAAAACGGCUGCAUACUACGGGCUAGACCAGCAUAGUCAUCCGGAGGAACCCGGCCAAAUCUUCGAAUGUGAUCCUCAGCAAUACUCUGUUCGGAACAUCGCCAGCGAUGCCAUGGAAAGCAUCACAUUGCUUGCACGUGAAUGCAAGUACUUCCGUAGCCGUACCAUUUUUUUCCGUUCUAAUUUGUACAACCUAUAUCAAAUCGUUAACGACGAAUCUAGAUGGUCUUGCAUCAGAACCGAUUCGUUUGGCCAGCAGUGUAUCGCAAGUCUGAUGGUAACCGGCAAAAUGGAAUCGUUUCUACAGAAAGGUGUUCACUGCCAUAUGCCUGUGCCAAAGAGUGAUAUUAAAAGUAUUAUUAAACCAGGAAACAUAUUGGAUCUAUCGGCUUUGAAACAAAACGAUCAUUCUACGACAACAGACACGGUACAACCGGGAAGUUCUGAUGAUGUGCUGGAAAUACUGAAACGACAACUCUUUACGUAUCCUAUGGGACGCGGAUCUAUUUGGGAUAAAUCGGACAGCAGAAAUAUUCCUUUCUAUUUUGUCAAGGAUCAGCCAAAGAACAACGAAACACCCUACAAAUUCUUCUUCCAGCAAUACCGCUACGCAUUUGCCUCAAUAGAUGAGUAUGGUAUCAGCCAGUGGAUUUGCUGUCAGUUGCUGGAGAAUAGUGCACUGGCUGGAACCUGCACAGCACGGGUAACGAUCGAAGGCGUGUUUCAACGGGUUGCCGUCAAAGGAUACCACAACCAUGAAGGGAUUUCACAAUCAUUGGUGGAGUAUUUAUGCAGUCGAUCCGAACAGCGCUGAGGAUUGAAGCGAGAUGUGAAGUUUGAUAAUUGUAUUUUAAUUAGCAUGUUCAUUACCAGAUCGCUAUUUAUUGCCAUUUCAUUUUAACAUUUUCUCCCAAUAAUUUUUAAAACGAUACUCAAUAGAUAUAAUUUUUCAGUGAUGAAUAAUAAACCCUAAUAUAAAUUCUAA